GUACUGGUUGUUCAAUGAAAAUUGAAUGACUAUGCCCUCUUUUGCGUGACAUGACACUUUCAGAUCAACAAUUCAUGAAUUCAAAAAAGGAGCCACCAAAGAAAAUCAAAGCAGUCAUGAAUGUGUGUAUCAAAUUGUAAAAAUCCAUAGAAUGCCUCUUUUCAACCUUUUUCAUAUCCACAGCCAAACAUGUCCUUCACUUUCGCUAAACAUGUCCUUCACUUUCGCUGUUCUAACAAUCCAUCUUUUUUAAUGCCAUUUGGGCUCUCUCCUCUGUUCUUUUGCACAGCAGUAUCAAAACAACACCUUAUUCUCACACAAUCUUUUUAAUAUAUUUUCUUGGUUUUCUUUCCUUCCACCGGAGAGACACUACAAUCUCUCUCUCUCUCUCUCCCCUCUGUUCAAGAAAGAAACAGAGAAAUGGAAACUAACCCAGCUUCCAAAUGGAGUUUUCUAUGGAUAUUGUUGAUUUGGGGAGUUCAAUUAGCACAAUGCAGUGUAAGUUACGAUAAUAAAGCUCUUAUCAUCAAUGGACAGAGAAGAAUUUUGCUCUCUGGCUCCAUACAUUACCCAAGAAGCACCCCUCAGAUGUGGGAAGGGCUUGUACAGAAGGCCAAAGAUGGAGGCUUGGAUGCUAUUGACACAUAUGUGUUCUGGAACCUUCAUGAACCUUCUUCUGGCAAUUAUAAUUUUGAAGGAAGAUGUGACUUGGUUCGAUUCAUAAAGGUGGUUCAGAAAGCAGGGCUAUAUGUUCAUCUUCGCAUUGGGCCUUAUGUUUGUGCAGAGUGGAAUUUUGGGGGUUUUCCCGUUUGGUUGAAGUAUGUUCCUGGCAUCAGCUUCAGAACAGAUAAUGAACCUUUCAAGACAGAGAUGCAAAGGUUCACCCAAAAAAUUGUCCAAAUGAUGAAGGAUGAGAAGCUGUUUAAGUCUCAAGGUGGUCCGAUCAUCAUGUCCCAGAUUGAGAAUGAGUAUGGACCCGAAAGCGAGGCAUUUGGUGGUGCCGGUUAUGCAUACAUGUCAUGGGCUGCGAAAAUGGCUGUUGAAUUGGGUACUGGGGUCCCAUGGGUUAUGUGCAGGGAAGACGAUGCUCCGGAUCCAGUGAUAAACACGUGCAAUGGUUUUUAUUGUGAUUAUUUCUCUCCAAACAAACCUUACAAACCCACAAUGUGGACUGAGGCUUGGAGUGGCUGGUUUACUGAAUUUGGUGGCCCAAUUCACCAACGACCAGUUGAAGAUUUAGCAUUUGCAGUUGCUCGGUUCAUUCAAAGGGGUGGCUCAUUUGUUAAUUACUACAUGUAUCAAGGAGGGACAAACUUUGGAAGAACAGCAGGAGGACCGUUCAUCACUACCAGCUACGACUACGAUGCUCCCCUUGAUGAAUAUGGCAUGAUUAGGCAACCCAAGUAUGGUCAUUUGAAGGAACUACAUAGCGCUAUUAAGCUGUGUGAGCGAGCUUUAGUUUCUGCUGAUCCUACUGUUACUUUGUUGGGAAGCUAUUCACAGGCACAUGUAUUCUCUUCCGAGUCAGGAGAUUGUGCGGCUUUUCUUUCAAACUACCAUUUAGAGACAACUUCAAGGGUGACAUUUAGAGGCGUGCACUAUGAUCUCCCGCCUUGGUCCAUCAGCAUUCUUCCCGAUUGCAAAAAUGUUGUCUUCAACACCGCCAAGGUCGGAGUUCAAACAUCCCAAAUGCAAAUGUUGCCAACCAAUGCUGAGCUUCUCUCUUGGGAAACAUUCAGCGAAGACAUAUCCUCAGCUGAUGAAGAUUCCAAGAUCACAGUUGUUGGUCUCUUAGAACAAUUAAAUGUUACCCGAGAUACCAGUGACUAUCUCUGGUACAUGACCAGUGUUGAAAUAAGUCCAUCCGAGUCGUUUCUGCACAGUGGCCAGCAUCUCACUCUCACUGUGCAGUCAGCAGGCGAUGCCUUGCAUGUGUUCACAGAUGGACAACUAUCUGGGUCUGCCUUCGGAACUCGGAAAAACAGAAAAUUUACUUUUACAGCAAAUGCCAACCUGCAUGCUGGAACAAACAGAAUUUCACUACUCAGUGUAGCUGUUGGAUUGCCGAACAAUGGGCCCCAUUUUGAGACAUGGAACACAGGAGUCCUUGGGCCGGUGGUUCUACAUGGUCUAGACGAAGGAAAGAGGGACUUGUCUUGGCAGAAAUGGACGUGCAAGGUUGGGCUUAAAGGAGAAGCGAUGAAUCUAGUUUCUCCAAGCGGAAUUUCACACGUUGAUUGGAUGAAAGGGUCCUUGUUCAUGCAAAAGCAACGGCCCCUUACAUGGUAUAAGGCUUAUUUCAAUACACCGGACGGAGAUGAGCCAUUGGCCCUAGACAUGGGCAGCAUGGGAAAAGGUCAAGUAUGGAUCAAUGGGGAGAGCAUUGGAAGAUAUUGGACUAUCUAUGCCAAUGGUAAUUGCUCUCAGUGUAGUUAUUCCGGAACAUUUCGACCCACAAAGUGCCAACUUGGUUGUGGUCAACCAACUCAAAGAUGGUACCAUGUUCCUCGGUCAUGGUUGAAGCCGACCCAAAAUCAACUGGUUGUUUUUGAAGAACUCAGUGGAGAUGUAUCAAAGAUUUCUCUGAUGAAAAGAUCAGUGAACAGUGUAUAAUUUUUGGACAGGGUUGAAUCAUAGGCUUUUAAAGUCCAUUACUCAUGAGCUUUGGGUGGACUUGGGAUCCUAUUCUUGCACCUCUUAACCAAUAAACCAAAGUCGAAGAUGAAAAGACAGUGUCAUUGUAUUUUGUUUGUAAAUGUGGGGAAAUCAAACCCCAAUCAAGGGUAAGUUUUUAUUUAUUUGUUUUUAUUAAUAUAUUUAUGAUGAGAAAUUUUCCAAAACAGAACCCUUUGUAUUCAUCUUUGCAGAGUAAUUUUGGAUACCUGCAAUUAUUUGCAAAUUACAUAUUGUGAUUAAUCAAAUUGAUGUAAGUCAAAUACUACAUAAGUUGAAGUUACAUCAA